AUGGCCCCUCCGGCCCUCCGUCCUGCGAUAGCUUCUCGGGCCUGGCAUGCUGCCGCCCCCCACGUCGCUCGUGCCUCCGUCGCAGCCUCCUCUGCGGCCCUCUCCCGCCGGGACCUGACCGUCAACGACGCCCAAAAGGUCACCCUCGGCAUCAUCGCCGCCUACGUCGUCGUCAUCGCCCUCCUAUGGAACCUCCCCUACAUCAAGUGGAUUCUCUGGCCAUUCAAGAUGCUCGUAAUCGCCUUCCACGAAUUCGGGCACGCCUUCGCAUGCGUGCUCACCGGCGGGCGCGUCAAGUCCAUCAGCCUGGACCCGCGCGAGGGCGGCGUGACGCACAUGCAGGGCGGGCGCAAUGCCAUCACGCUGCCCGCGGGCUACCUGGGAUCGUCGCUGAUCGGGGCGCUGCUGACGUUCGCCGGGUUCAACAUCAACGCGAGCAAGAUCGCGAGCAUUGUGGUGGGCGUGUGUUUCUUGCUGACGCUGUGGUGGGGGCGGCGGGAUUGGUUGACGAUCGCGACGGUGCUGGCCGCCGUGGGGUUGUUGGUGGGGUGCUGGUUUAUUGCGCAUGCGGAGGCGUUGCGGUUCGUGGUGUUGUUUAUUGGGGUUAUGUCGUCGCUGUAUAGCGUUUGGGAUAUCUGCGACGAUCUGAUCCUCCGCAAAGUCAACAGUUCGGACGCGAGCGUCUUCGCCCAGCGUUACGGCGGAUCCUCGCAGUGCUGGGGCGUCAUCUGGUCCAUCAUCUCCCUGGGCUUCAUGGCCGCCGGCAUCGUGGCCGGCAUCGCCGCCUUUCCGCAGUCCGCUGCCCAGCAGAGAGAGGACUCGCAGCAUUUUAUCCCGACCAAGUUCUAA